GGACUCUCUAUCAAGAUGUUUCUACGCGGACGGCCCAUCACCAUGUACAUCCCUUCCGACUUCCAUAACUAUGAGGAUCUGCGCAUGGAGCUCCCAACACAGAAGCUGCAACUGGACUGGGUCUACGGCUACCGGGGACGUGACUGCCGUUCCAACCUCUACGUCUUAACAUCCGGGGAGCUGGUCUACUUCAUUGCCUGCGUGGUGGUGCUUUACCACGUCCAGCGGCGCACGCAGCGCCACUACCUUCGCCACACCGACUGUGUGCGCUGUCUUGCAGUACAUCCUGACGGAGUCCGUGUGGCCUCGGGGCAGAUGGCUGGCGUGGACAAGGACGGCAAGCCGCUGCAGCCCUUUGUUCACAUCUGGGACUCCGUCACGCUGCUGACCUUGCAGCAAAUCGGUCUGGGCAGCUUUGAGAGGGGCGUCGGUUCCUUGGCUUUCUCCACGGCGGACGAGGGCGCCUACCUGUGUGUGAUCGACGAAUCCAACGAACACAUGCUCUCCGUGUGGGAUUGCCUCCGUGGCACCAAGCAAGCUGAAAUCAAGAGCACCAACGAAUCCGUCCUGAUGGUGGAGUUUAAUCCCCAAGACAGUAGCAACAUAAUCACAGCUGGAAAGUCGCACGUCUAUUUCUGGACCUGGGUGGGAAGCAGCUUAACCAAGAAACAGGGGAUCUUUGGGAAAUACAAGAAGCCCAAGUUUAUCCAGUGCUUCGUGUUUGACACCAACGGGGAUGUCCUCACGGGGGAUUCCGAAGGCAACAUCCUCACGUGGGCGAGGGCAGCGGCCGACAUUCGCACUCUGGGCAAGGGGGCGAAAGAGACCUAUCAGAUCAGCAAGCAGACCCACGCGCACGAAGGGAGCAUCUUUUGCCUCUGCCUGUGCCGCGACGGUUCGGUCUUGAGUGGGGGCGGCAAGGACCGUCGUUUGCUUCAGUGGAGCCCCCUCCUCACUGUCCUCCAGGAGGUGGAGAUACCGGAGCAAUUUGGCGCCGUGCGCACCAUCGCAGAGGGCAAGAGCCGGGAGCUUUUGGUGGGGACCACGCGCAACGCCCUCCUACGGGGCAGUUUGGCCGAAGGUUUCAAACCCAUCAUCCAGGGCCACACGGACGAACUCUGGGGUCUGGGGACUCACCCCUCGCGGGAUCUUUUUCUCACUUGCGGCUACGACAAGCAACUCUGCCUGUGGGACGGCAGUGAACAUAUGAUGGCUUGGAGUCUCACCUUAGAGGAAACAGGACUCUGCGCUGAUUUCCACCCAAGUGGGAAAGUGGUGACUGUGGGACUCAGCACUGGACGGUGGCAGGUGCUGGAGACGGAGACGCGACAGGUUUUGUCCAGCUACACAGAUGGAAACGAACAGCUCUCUGUAGUACGUUAUUCCCCAGACGGAGAGUUCUUGGCCAUCGGUUCCCAUGACAACUUCAUCUAUAUAUAUAGUGUGGAAGAGAAAGGGCAUAAAUAUACUCGUUUUGGCCGCUGCACGGGGCACUCCAGCUUUAUUACACAUCUGGAUUGGUCCAAAGAUGGGAAAUUCAUCAUGUCCAAUUCCGGGGAUUAUGAAAUCUUGUAUUGGGAGGUGGCCAGAGGUUGCAAGCUAGUACGGAAUCGGUUUGACAACAGGGACCGGGAGUGGGCCUCCUACACCUGCGUGCUGGGUUUCCACGUUUUCGGGGUUUGGCCCGACGGCUCGGAUGGCACGGAUAUCAACUCCCUGUGCCGUUCGCACAAUGAGCGGGUGGUGGCUGUGGCGGACGAUUUUUGCAAAGUCCAUCUCUUCCAGUACCCUUGUGCCAAGCCCAAGGCUCCCAGCCAUGUCUACACCGGCCACGGCAGCCACGUCACCAACGUCCGUUUCACCCACGACGACGGCCACCUCAUUUCCAUGGGGGGCAAGGACACCAGCAUCUUCCAAUGGCGGAUGCUGGGGGGCUCCACUCCCCCGGCCAGCCGGUCCCUCUCCUGCCUUUCCUCGCACGAAGCCGGAUCCGGCACCUGA